UAUAUGUCGGCGCAGGGCUCUGGUGAUAGCACGCGUGUUUACCUUUUCUUAUCACAAUUGCAAAGUAGCAAAAAAAAUAUAACAAAACUAAUAAUUAAAAAUAUAAACAAUACAAAUAAGAGCAUCAAUCAUAUUAAAUGUAAAUAAAUAUUAUUGAUUUCAACAAUAUUUAUGCAAAAAAACUUAAAAGACCGACUUUCUAACCUAAAAUAUUAAGAACAUUGUGAAACAAGAAGUAGGUGUUUUUUUUAAAGAAAUAAAACCGUGACACACAUUUUUGUCACCCAUAAAAAGGGGGUUGCGUGCGAGCGAGAGAGCGAUAGAGUUUAAAACGUGGAGCAGGCCGUACGUAUUUAUCUGAGAGCGGAAAAUGCCCAUCACACAAGAUUUACAGUCACCGACUAGUGAAAUGGUGUUACUAACACCAAACACUGAAAAUCCACCAAAUAUAAUUGCGGCAACUGCAAAUGAUCACAAUAAACGCGGUGGCUCCGAGGAGUCCAACAACAGUCGAGUACAAAUGAAAAAACAAUUGGGUCUGCUUGAGGGUGUCGCCAUUAUUUUGGGCAUUAUAUUCGGUUCCGGUAUUUUUAUUUCACCCAAAGGUGUUAUCAAUGAGGUGGAGGCUGUUGGCACUUCCCUUAUAAUAUGGGUGCUUUGUGGUCUACUGUCUAUGAUUGGUGCUCUGUGCUAUGCUGAAUUGGGUACUUCGAUACCCAAGUCGGGUGGUGAUUAUGCGUAUAUCUUGGAAGCUUAUGGUUCAUUGCCUGCAUUUCUUUAUCUUUGGGAUGCUAUGAUGAUUUUUGUACCUACAACAAAUGCCAUUAUGGGCUUGACCUUUGCCUCAUACGUUCUACAGCCCUUCUACGAGGGAAGCUGUGAAAUACCCACAGCGGCUAAACAAAUGUUAGCGGCCAUAACAAUAUGCUUUCUUACGUACUUAAAUUCGUUUUAUAUGAAAGUCACCACAAAAAUGCAAAAUAUUAUAAUGUUCACCAAAAUAGCCGCCUUAGUUAUGAUUAUUGUUAUCGGUUUAGUAUGGAUGUUUUUGGGACAUUAUGAAAAUUUCACUGAUGCCUUUGCCAAUACACAGACUGAUCCCGGUAAAUUAUCGGUGGCCUUUUAUUCCGGUAUUUUCUCAUAUGCUGGUUGGAAUUAUUUGAAUUUUAUGACUGAAGAACUAAGAGAUCCCUAUCGCAAUUUACCACGUGCUAUUUACAUAUCUUUGCCUUUGGUGACGGUUAUUUAUGUUUUGGCUAAUAUGGCCUAUUUGGCUGUUUUAAGUGCCGCCGAAAUGCAAGCUUCUGAUGCUAUAGCUGUAACAUUUGGCAAUAAAAUUCUAGGCACCUGGUCUCUUAUCAUACCGAUUAUGGUGGCUAUAUCGGCUUUUGGCGGUCUUUCUGUGCAUAUUAUGACUUCAUCUCGUAUGUGUUUUGUGGGUGCUCGUAAUGGUCAUAUGCCCGCCAUAUUGUCUCAUAUUAGUGUUAAACACUUUACUCCCCUGCCCUCUUUAGUAUUUUUGUGUGCUCUAUCAAUUAUUAUGUUAGUUUGUAGUGAUGUCUAUGUACUCAUCACCUACAGCAGUAUAGUGGAAUCAUUUUUCAUUAUGCUGUCAGUUUCGGCUGUAUUAUAUUUCCGUUAUACCCGACCCAAUAUGGAGAGACCCAUUAAGGUUUCUAUGUGGAUACCAAUAGCUUUUGUUAUCAUUUGUGCCUUUUUGGUGGUAGUGCCCAUCUAUGUAGCACCCUAUGAAGUAGGUAUGGGUGUUCUAAUCACCGUUAUUGGUAUACCCUUUUAUUAUGUGGGUGUUGUGUGGAAAUCUAAACCUCAAUGGCUGUUAAACUUAAUAUCAUCUUUAACCUUUACUUGCCAAAAACUAUUUAUGUCCGCCAAAGAAGAGAAAUAUGACUAAAUAUAUACAAAAUAAGUUGCCCUACAUUUUAGAAGUUAACAACAACGUUUUUUUUAUUAUAAUUGUAAUUAUUUAUUAUAAAAUUAUUAAAAAAAACGCUUAAAUAGUAAGACAAAUUUCAUUGCAUGACAUCACAACAACAAAAGAAAAUAACAUUAUUACCUGAUAAACUCUCUCGCAUUUCUUUAGAGUUGUUUUAUACUCAUUAUUUCAUUUGUUAUUUUUGAUAUUUUAAUGAAUUAUUUUGUUAAUUACAAUUAUUUUAAAGUACAUAAUUGACAAAGUGCUACUAAAAUGUUUGUUUUAACUUUCAUACACAAAAUAAGCACAAAUAUUUUAAAUUGCAAAUUAGUUUUGUGGUACAAAAUUUAAAUUUGACUUAUGAACUUUUUGUAGUUAGACUGUAUAAUUUUAAUUUAUUUUUAGAAUAUAGUUAUCUAAUUAUAUGACAAAUAUUUUGUGCGUACUCUCAUUGACAUUUUCGCCUUUUUAAGAAUUUCUCUUUGACGUCUUUGACAAGUUUAUAAGUUUUACAAAAUCAUCAUCAUCUAAACCAAAAAUCUCCUUUUUUAAAAAGAAUCUUUUUAAAUUUAAACUUUUUUUUUAACAAAUUUAUUUCUUUUAAACAAGCAGCCAGUGUAUUUACCAGUGUCUGAUUUUGAACUUUAAUAAACAUUUGCAUUUGUUGUCGUUUUUCUUUUUACAAUUAUAAUUUAAGAUUUUCACUUGUUCAUUUUCAAUUAAAUUAUUUUAUCUUAUAGUUUUAUAUUUAUUUUAUUAUUAUAUUUUGUUUGUAUUUGUUCGGUUUAAUUGACUAUAUUUUAAGAUAUAAAACGAAAUUAAUAAACGAAGUUUUUAUAUGUCACAAAAGA